GAGUAUUUUCUGUCUUCAGCUUCCUUGCUGGUAUGAGAGCACACAUUUAGCAACUUCCUCGUGGCUCGAUAACACCUCAUUCUGAGAGCGACGCUCAGAGGAGAGCACACACACAUGCUCGCGCAGCCCCUGAUCUACACUCAACUUGCGACUGUAACUAGAGAACCCGCCUCCUCAGACGCACACUCAACUGUUCCACAAGAAGUGGGCACUACCGUGGAAACCAGAAGACUGAGAGUGGGAGGAGCAAAGGAUUCCCCAUUAAGACAAAAGAGAGAACACUGCUGCACAGGACUGUCAAAAAGACAAGACAGCAAAGGGGGCACACGCAUGAAAACAGGAGCCACACUCAGGCGAGGUUCAACUGCCUUGACUUACUACAACUUAAGUAGAGAAAAUGUACUUCUAAUCUACUACCUACUAUCAGGUUAGACUGUUAGGCUAGUCUACAAGUUGCUACUGUAUUUAUGGUUCUUUGAGCAUUUCAGUUACUCACCUGCAUAACUAAUAUAUGUGUUAGUUUUCAUAGUUAUUCAAUUCAUCUUAAGCUUAAAAACUACACAAGCUUGAAGUUUAAGGGGUCAGAGUUCACACACGCAUACCUAAAGAAGCUGCAAAGAAGUCAGCCUAAGGUCAAAGGACACUCUGGAGGACAUCUUUGAGGUGUGGUGAAAUGGACCAUCAGCAGAACAAGGUGAAGCACUUCCUGAAGCUGGGCUACUCCCAGUCUGACAUCCUGAGGGUCCUGCAGAGCCUUCAGCGGGACGCCCAGACCAACGACAUCCUGGAGGAGCUCAUCAAGACCUGCCGGACCCCCACCAGCACACAGCCUGGACCAGAGAGAGUGACCAGCAGCCAGAGCAGCAGUCCUCAGCUCAUCCCACGAGGCUGCAGUUCCCCUCAGGCACAAUUACAGACGGAAACACACAGACAGCGGCAAACAUAUCCCGACACACAGCCUUCCAGUCCAUUCAGGCCAGUGGUCAUUGAUGGAAGCAACGUGGCUAUAAGUCAUGGGAAUAGGCAGGUGUUUUCGUGUCGGGGGAUCCAGCUGGCCGUGCAGUGGUUUUGGGACAGGGGGGUUCGUGACAUCACCGUAUUCGUGCCUCUGUGGAGGAAAGAGCAAUCACGGCCUGAGGCUCCUAUUACAGAUCAGCACAUCCUAAGUGAGCUGGAGAGAAGGAACAUCUUGGUGUACACACCUUCACGCUGUGUGAAUGGUAAAAGGGUCGUGUGCUACGAUGACCGCUACAUCGUCAAGCUGGCCUACGACUCGGACGGCAUCAUUGUGUCCAACGACAACUACCGAGACCUGCAGGUGGAAAAGCCCCAGUGGAAGAAGUUCAUUGAGGAGAGGCUGCUGAUGUACACUUUCGCCAAUGACAUGUUCAUGCCACCUGAUGAUCCACUAGGAAGAAAUGGCCCAACAAUUGAAAACUUCCUCAGGAAGAAGCCAACAGGCCCAGAGAACAAGCAGGUGCACUGCCCUUAUGGAAAGAAGUGCACUUAUGGUGUAAAAUGCAAGUUCUACCACCCCGAGCGCUCCAGUCACCCCCAGUUGUCUGUGGCAGAUGAGCUAAGAGCGAAGAGUCUUCCAGGUUGCGAAACCGAGGAGUUCCCUCCCUCCACAGACCUCAGACAUGAACACUUACCACACUCCAGCUAUGCUAGCGCCACCAACGGACCCUCUGGGCACGCCAACUGCAAGGCGACCACCACGCUGCCUUCAGCCUACAAGGAUGAACUGACUUGCGCUCUGUCUGGACUUGACCUCUACAACAGCCCACGAGAAACAGCAUCAAGACCCACCUACCUGCAGAGGUCACUUACUGCCUUGUAUAAGAGCGCCAAUAGCGACCAAGCAUACAGUUCCAUGCCCCGCCUUUAUCUCAGUGACUCCGCCCUCCCAACUUCUCUGGCCUACAGUGGGUGCUCGGCAGGGAGUGACAGCGACCUCUUCCUGUCAGACAGUUCGUGUACAGAACAAAAACGAGCACACAGUCCUGAAGUAUACAGUCGUGCCUACCACAAUGGCCUACAUGCUCUCUCAAGCUGCCAACACACCCACUCAGAUUUGGACCUUAACUACGCUUAUACAUCUUAUUCACCGCAUGGAUACCGUCCACACAGCCCUUACAAUAACAUGGCAACACCGUUUUUUAAUGACCCCUUACCUUACCCCAAAUUAACGGCCAGACAAGCAUCUUAUCCUAGGGUAGCAAAGGUCAGCUGGGGUCAAGAGCAUGCCAAGGCCAGGGACCACAUGACGGAACGAAGGAAGGAUGUGAGGUCUCAGCUCAGCACAAUCUUCCCGCAGAACAUAGUGGACCAAGUUAUGAGCUUAUAUCCACAUACACUGGACGCAACAGAGCUGGUCACGCUAAUACAGAAAUAUAGGAACGGCCACUUACUGUGAAAUCCCACAUGAUUUGGUGGUGAAUUUCAAAGCCAGGCACCAUAUCAUUGUCUUAAUGAAACUUCACAGCUAUAUAUGCACUCACCGACCACUUUAUUAGAUACACCUUGCUAGUAAAAGAAUGGACCCCCUUUUGCCUUCAGAACUGCUUUAAUUCUUCAUGGCAGACUUUCAACAAGGUGUUGGAAACGUUCAUCAGAG